AUGACUGAGAGGAAGGUAAAGAUCAGGGAGAAGAUCAGCCAGACCGAGCCGAAACUGCCUGAUGCGGUCAUUCCGGAGGGCAACUACGACGAUGACCUUGACCUUCCUGCACACGGUAAUGGGGAGGCAACGGCUACCAAGAUGAAAAAUGACUCCGAGGAUGUUGAUGUCGAAACCGCCAACCAAAAUCCCAAUGAGCGUGGCGGCUGGGGCCUCAAAAUUGAGUUCAUUCUCUCCUGCGUUGCCUUCGCUGUCGGAUUGGGCAACGUUUGGCGUUUCCCUUACCUCUGCUUCAAAAAUGGUGGAGGUGCUUUCCUGAUCCCCUAUGUGAUCAUGCUGAUUUGUCUGGGUCUCCCAAUCUUCUUCCUAGAAUUUGCCUUUGGACAGUUUGCCAGUUUGGGUCCCAUAUCCAUUUGGUCCAUCAGUCCACUUUUUAAGGGUGUUGGCUACGCAAUGACGACUGUGUCAUGGUACAUUUCCCUCUACUACAAUGUCAUCAUCGCCACAGGAUUUUUCUACCUUUUUGCCUCCUUCAAUAGUCAUUUGCCUUGGUCCUCUUGUGACAAUUGGUGGAACAAUGAAACUACCUGCGUCCCCAUUGGCCAGUCUAAGAAUCAAAGCAUAGGCAAUACUACGUCUCCGGCUGUGGAGUAUUAUAACAACUACGUGCUACAGAAAUCAAGCGGUUUUGAAGAUUUUGGUACUCCUGUAUGGCACCUUACGCUAUGCUUGCUCUUCUCUUGGAUCGUUGUGGUUCUUAGCCUAAUAAAGGGUGUUCAGUCACUAGGGAAGGUAUCCUAUUUUACCGCCAUCUUCCCUUACAUCAUGUUGACGAUUCUCCUGAUCAGAGCAGCUACUUUGGAAGGCUCACUUGAGGGUGUGAAGUAUUACAUAACUCCAGAUUUCUCGCGGUUAAAAGACCCUACUGCAUGGACCGACGCUGCGACGCAGAUAAUAUUUUCUCUGAGUUGUUGCAAUGGUGGUCUAAUCGCGAUGUCAAGCUACAAUAAAUUUAAGAACAACUGUUACAGAGACGCUGUUCUUGUGGCUACGAUCAACUGCCUAACUUCAGUGUUUGCUGGAUUUGUGGUCUUUUCUACUCUCGGCUUCAUGGCUAAUGCGAAGGGUGUCCCCGUGGCGAAUGUUGUUGAGUCAGGCAAGUGGCAGAGCGACAUAACUUAUCUCUCAGAGAUCUGCGCAAUUCGACCAUUGGUUGGCAAUCAAGGUCCAGGAUUGGUUUUCAUGGUAUAUCCUGAAGCGUUGAACCAGAUGCCAGUUCCCGUGCUCUGGUCCAUUCUCUUCUUCAUCAUGUUGGUCUCGCUUGGUUUGGGUAGUGAGCUGCCCUACGUGGAAACUGUACUCUCGGGAUUCCAAGAUGAGUUGCGCCGCUACAAUUUGCUCACCACUUGGAAAUCACAAUUCCUUUUCAGAGCUAUUUUGUGCUCGAUCAAUUUCUUAAUUACUCUGCCGAUGGUAUGCAAUGCUGGUGUUUACCUUGUCAACUUGAUCGAUAAUGUAAUGUCAGGCUACCCCGUGCUGAUCAUCUGUCUGAUGGAACUAAUCGUCAUAUCCUACGUCUAUGGUAUCAAACAAUUCAUGAGAGACGUCAAAUUGAUGAUUGAUUCAAAACCUAACUGGUACUGGCGAAUAUGCUGGAUGGGUGUUUCACCCCUCAUGGUACUGGCACUGCUCAUCUUCAUGAUUGUGGGAGGUAAACCGUACAGCAUGGGUGAUUACGUCUUCCCCAAUGGAAUUCAAGUAAUGGCCCAGCUCAUUGCUAUUGUCCCGGUCCUCAUGAUUGUCGGAUUUUUCGCCUACAAGUAUUGCCGGGAUGGCGGCUGGAUCCUCUUGCGCGAGUUCUCGAAGCCCGUAACAGACUGGGGUCCAGCAGAAGAUGAGCAUAGAACAGAAUUUCUUCAAGGCAUCUGCGAGCGCACUCUGGGCUACGUGCCCUCUGAUCUGCGGGCGCCCGGGGAAGGCGAUGGAGGAGAGGAAGGCGUCGACGGUGGAGGAAACCAUCUCAACGUCUCUCAGGUGUGGAGCACCGGUGCUGGUGGGAGUACAGCGGCUCUUCGCAAUGCCGCCUCUUGCCAGGCUCUUCACUCUCUCCUUAAUGAAGGCGAAUUUUAUCAGAGCAAACUCAGCAUCGCCGAGAAGAUGGCUGAACUACAUACCAAAGAUCUUGUCAAACAAGGUGUUCCCAUUGAACUUCUUGCUUCCACUGAUCGGUUAAAACUGCUGACAAACUCGGUUGAGGAGUUGCGAGAGCAUGGUGAACAGGACGAAGAGAGCGGAUGUUCCGAUCAUGAUGACAAGGAUGGAGAGAUGAUAGGAGAGAGGAAAUCCUCCAAAGUGUCCCAUCUUUUGCGGCGGAUACACCGAAAGACCAGCAGCAGUGACAUUAACUUGCAGUGA